ACCUUCAGCAAAUCAGGGCUUCAGGUGUUACUUCUCCGAGGAGGAAUUUAAAAUACAAUCAUCAAUCACAUCAUCUGCUCUCGGAUUCUUUCGUGUUGGUCUUUUCUCUGUUCCGAAUAACUCUCAUCUUUUUGUUCCAUGUCUCUUCCACCACAACUGUCCUUCAGACUUGGGAGAUCUUGCUGUCUACGCUUUGAAUCCGGCCGUCUCAGAUCAAAAGGAUACCAUAGAGGUGCUGGUUCUCUCUUCACUCCGUUCAACGCCGCAAAAGCGAGACAGAGAAGCUCAGCCCCAGCGAUUCGACAGCACACAGCCACCAAGAUGAAGUUCACCACGCCCUCAAUGGACCCGCCGAAGCAUGAAAUGGCCUAUUUCCCGGAUAUGACGACCUCGCUACCCGGCGAGUCGGCCGAGUUCCGUCGGGUCUUGUGGACGGGAUUGUACAGCCAGUUGGUCCUGAUGACCGUGCCGGUGGAUGGUGAGAUCGGAGACGAAAAACACACUGUCGACCAGAUCCUUACCUUCACAUCCGGAAAAGGCAAAGCCACUAUCAAUGGCGUAGACCAAGAUGUAAAGGCUGGGGAUCUCAUCAUCGUGCCUGCAGGCACACAGCACCAGUUCAUCAACACUGGACCAACUCCGCUGAUUUUGUAUACCGUGUACUCCCCAGCGGAGCACAAGCCGACCACUGUGCAUAAGGACAAGGCACAGGGAGAUCGCGAAGAGGAAGAAGGCAUCGAUGAGCCGCCCGAGUGGAGCCAGAGGAGUAAAAAGGAGAACGAGAAGCUGGGGCUAGUCGACGCGGAGGGUCACUGAAGUCGUGGUAGUAAUUGUGAUGCCGCUGUCGAACAUGCACUGUUUUGACGGUGUGCUCUGGCAAACUUCGAUCCUCGAAGGUGUGUGCCAGGUGAUCAGAAGGAUGUGACAAAAUCAAUCUGGAGUCAUUUUUUCUUCUUGCUGACAACCUUUGUGAACCCAUCCUCGUCCACCUCUGGCUCGGGCUUCUGCUUUGGUUUCCAGUCAAUGUCAAUAAUUGUAGGAGCAUCGUCCAUCUGGACGUCGGAUCGAUCAGGAAACCCGUUCCACUCU